AGGCUAGGUCUCACUCAAAGUCCUGAUUGGUCAAAUUUAGAUGACGUCUCAAUAAGUUCAUUUCUAAUAGAUUUUUUUUAAAAGUUCAGUAAAAAAAAAGCAAACAGAAGACACUACUUGCAAUUCCAGUUGUGUCCUGAUGGUGGCUCUGUUGUUGUCAGCAACAGCUGAUCAUCCAGAAUGCAAGCAGAAGAAGAAACUUCUGCCGCUUUGAGGAACGCGUGACCUCAAAAAACGGACGUUUUUCCCAUGAACGCGCUUUUAAAGCCUAAUUUUAAGCCGGAAUCGUCUUUUCCUUUAAAAGCACAGAAGUUGGACUGAAACAAAGUCAUGUUUGUGCGGUUUUUCUGUCAGUUAGCAUCUCGUGGUUAGCAUCCGGCUAACGCCGCUGCGGUUCACCUGGACAGUCACACCUUUACCGGGCAGGUUCGAGGACUUCAUGUCCGGUCACCUGUCCGCUGCCGUCGCUCUCUUCCGUCGCUGCCUCCCCCCUCCCUUGUCGAGGACUCUGUCAGGAGCCCGCUGCCUAUUCCGCGGAAUGGAACCGGUGAUCGUGAGGAGCCUUCCCGGGGAGCCGAAGCUCACCAUCUCCUUCUGCCUGAACGGCAGCCACCGGCACAUGCUGCGGGACCAGGACGAGGCGCUGGGGAAGGUCCUCACCAGGAUCUCCAGCUCCACCGCCAAGAGCCUCCUCAAGCAGGCGAAGAAGUCCAGGAAGAGCCGCGGUGAGCCGCCGGGCGAGGCUGCGGCGCCCGCGGCGGUGAAGCUGCUCUGCGGCGGCGAGGAAGUACCGGAAACGGUCCCCAACUCGGAGGCGUGGCGGGACGGAGCCGUGCUGCAGGUGGGAGACGUGACGUUCACCGUGCACCGGAACCCCCCCACCCUCACCACGGCGGAGCUGCCGCUGUCGCUGCUCUCCGGCUUUCCGGUCUGCCCCAAACUGGAGGUGGAGUUUGCAAACCUGCAGGACAGCGAGUUCACGUGGUUCCGAGAGAACCCACCGAGUACGAGCUCUGCAGACGGUCUGGAUCUGGACUCAUCCUGGACCCGGGUGGGUUCUGCGCGUGUCCACGUCCCCUCCAACCAGGACAUCGGCUGCAGGCUCAAACUGAGGUGCACACCCAAAGAGGGGGGGCGCAGCGGCCCGGCCAAAGAGCUGGUCUCCGUUUCGGCCGUGGAGGCGGGGCCUGGAGUUUGUACUUUUGACGGCCGCCACGCGUACACGGCGAAGGAGGCGGCGUGGCCGGCGGUGAGGGUGGUGUCCUACAACAUUCUGGCAGACAUCUACGCUCAGACAGAACUGUCCAAGACGGUUCUGUACCCGUACUGCGCCCCGUACGCUCUUCAGCUGGACUACAGGCAGAACUUGGUGAAGAAGGAGCUGGCGGGAUACAACGGCGACAUCCUCUGCCUGCAGGAGGUGGACAAAGGAGUGUUUGCCGACAGUCUGAGUCCUGCUCUGGACGCCUUCGGCCUGGACGGCGUGUUCAGGAUCAAAGAGAAGCAGCACGAAGGGCUGGCGACGUUCUACCGCAGGUCAAAGUUUCAGCUGCUGAGCAGCCAUGACAUCAUGUUCAGCGAAGCGUUGACCUCUGACCCCCUGCACUCUGAGCUCCUGCAGAGGAUUUCUGGGAAUGUGGCGCUGAAGGAGAAGGUCCUGCAGAGGUCCACCUCCCUGCAGGUAACUGUGCUGGAGGACCGCUUCAGAGCUGACAGGAAGCUGAUCGUGGCCAACACUCACCUGUACUGGCAUCCUAAAGGAGGGAACGUUCGCCUGGUCCAAGUGGGAGUGGCCCUGCGGCAUUUGAGUCAUGUGAUGGACACGGUUGCACCGGAAGCCCCUCUUCUCUUUUGCGGCGACUUCAACUCCAUGCCAGACUCGGGUCUGUUCCAGCUGCUCAGCGAGGGGUCGGUCCCCGAGCAGCAUCCGGACUGGAGCGGCCUGGGUCCAGAGGAGUCCUGCAGCAUGGAGCUGACCUCUCCGUUCCCGCCGCUGCUGAGCGCCUGCGGACAGCCCGCCUACACCAACUACGUGGGGGGGUUCCACGGCUGCCUGGACUACGUCUUCAUUCAGCCGCAGAGCAUGAAGGUGGAGCAGGUGAUUCCUCUGCCCAGCCACCAGGAGGUGACGGCCUAUGAGGCCCUGCCCAGCUUGGCUCACCCCUCCGACCACAUCGCUCUGGUUUGUGACCUCCUCUGGGCUCCUUGACCUCUGGCCUCUGCCAUACCUUCAUCCUACAAAUAAAAGAAACCUGUCUCUGAAUCGUCUUCUUUGUCUUUAGGGGCAGAGAUUGAAUUGUAUGCAUUUAAUGCUGAUUCCCAAUAUUUUAGUCUAAAUUAAUAUUUAGGAAAAAUGCAGAGAAAUUGUAACGGCUGCUUAUGCAUCUGUCUUUAAAUUUCUAAUAAAAGUAUUAAUUUAUAAAACAUUUCAGGGCGAUAUUUAUGUAUCAUAAAUAUGUUUUUUCUGGUCAAAUCUGCUGCUGAGUCUUUAAAUAAAGUUCCAGGCUUUCAUCAUUUACAAAUAAAUUAUA